AUGUCUACCGCUGCAGCAUUUGGACCGCGUCCCGUAUUCCCGACCGAAGCCGACGCGCAGCACCUUGAGCUUCCAGACGUCAGCAACAUAACUAUAAUCGACGGGCUUUUGCACUGCACAACUCACAAAAAGCAGGUCUGCCCAGAGUGCACCAUCGACUACUCAACGCAGAACUUCUUCACGCGACAGCUCACUGCCAACAACGGGGCGCUCCCACCACCCAACCCGCAGAUCGGCCAGGCGAUCCAACGGCUGAAAACCAGCGGUAACGACGUAUUCCGUGCGCAAGGUUACUUUGAGGCAGCUCAGAGAUAUACCGAGGCGAUCAAUGUGGCAUCGCAGAGGCCGCUGUGGGAUCCGAGCGCGACGGUUAUUGAGGAGGCGACGGUUUUGUUGAGUAAUCGCGCGGCGUGCUUGCUGGAGCUUGGGCAUCCGUCGGAGGCGUAUUGGGAUACCGAGGUGGUGACGAGGCUGAAGCGUGGGUGGAGUAAGGGGCAUUUCAGAAUGGGCCGCGCGUUGAUGGGCAUGGGCAGAUGCAGACAGGCGGCACAGGAGUUCCAGAUCGGAUGCUCGCUGGAUCCCGACGCCAAGGACAUGCGCACAGCGCUGGACAGCGCCAAAAAGUUUAUUUAA